AUCCCAGCCUUAAAGGAGAAGGAAGUGUUCUGUUUCCUAGAUCAACAAAAUGUCAUAAAUGUUUGCUUUUGUACUGGGGGAAGAGAGGGGAGAAAAAAAAGUUGAAGAACUAGUUUGUCAAGGUGCUUGCAUUAACAGAGGCCAUUGUACUGAAAGCAAAUCUUUCAGGUGGAGAACACAAAGUGAGAGGACGCAUUUAACUUGGAGGGGCUCUGGCACGGUACUUUCAUUGACUGAUUUUGUAAAAGGGACAGCUAAGGUGAUGAGUACUGACAGAGUCUCCAGCCUUGGUGAUGAUGAUGAUGGCAGAGGAUGUGACGAUGUGGUGCCAUAUAGUGAUGACGAGACUGAUAACGAAUUGGAUAGUUCUACUGAAAGAUUGGAAGAUGCAGAGCAAAACCGCAUCAACCAACAGAUGGAGGAGGGAUGGCAACCAAAAAGUGAAUUCACAUGGAAGGUCAAAGCAAAUGACAGAAACUUUAACAAUCAGUUCACUGUCACGAAGUAUAGUUGCUUUAAAACACGCAAAUACUCUGGGAAUGCUAUCCGGACGUACAAAUACAACGUUUUAACCUUUUUGCCACGUAACCUGAUGGAGCAAUUUAAAAGGGCAGCCAACGCUUACUUUUUGAUCCUUCUCAUUCUUCAAGCCAUUCCUCAGAUCUCAACCUUGUCUUGGUACACCACAUUGGUGCCUUUGGUGGUGGUGCUGGGAAUAACAGCAGUGAAGGACCUUAUUGACGAUAUUGCAAGACACAAGAUGGACAGAAUUGUCAAUAAUCGGAAAUGUGAAGUUCUGCAGGGUGGCAGGUUUAAACCAGAAAAAUGGAGAAACAUAGAAGUUGGAGAUAUUGUACGCUUGCAGAGAGAUGAUUUUAUUCCAGCUGAUAUACUACUGCUGUCCAGUUCAGAGCCAAACAGUCUUUGUUAUGUGGAAACGGCUGAACUUGAUGGUGAAACUAACCUGAAGUUUAAAAUGUCAUUGGAAGUUACAGACAGACUGCUUAAGAAAGAAAAGAAUCUAGAAUCUUUUGAUGGUUUAAUAGGCUGUGAAGAGCCAAACAAUCGACUGGACAAAUUUACAGGAACCUUAUACUGGAGGAACCAGAGUUAUCCUCUAGAUGCGAACUCGAUCUUACUGCGUGGUUGCACAGUCCGUAACACGGAGACAACGCAUGGAAUCGUGAUAUUUGCAGGAGCUGAUACCAAAAUCAUGAGGAAUGGAGGAAAAACUAACUUCAAAAGGACCAAAAUUGACCAGCUGAUGAAUUACAUAGUUUAUUUGAUCUUUCUGUUCCUCAUUCUUCUGUCAACUGGCCUUGCUAUUGGACACACAUUCUGGGAAAGUGAAAUUGGCAAUGCCACCCGGUCCUGGUAUCUUUAUGAUGGCGAGGACACGUCUCCUUCAUACAGAGGUUUUAUCACCUUCUGGGGUUAUAUCAUUGUUAUGAACACCCUGGUACCUAUUUCACUUUAUGUAAGUGUUGAAGUGAUUCGCAUGGGUCAAAGCUACUUCAUUAACUGGGAUCUCCAGAUGUAUUACGCUGAAAAGGAUACUCCAGCCAAAGCACGGACAACUACACUGACUGAGCAGCUUGGGCAGAUAGAGUACAUCUUCUCUGAUAAGACAGGAACUCUUACACAGAACAUCAUGGCAUUUAAGAAGUGUAGUAUCAGUGGCACUACAUAUGGUGAAUUGUGCAAUGUUGCUGGAGACAAGACUGACAAAGUAGAGCUUGUGGACUUCAGCUGGAACAACUAUGCUGAUGGAAACCUCAAAUUUUAUGAUCAUUACUUGCCUCAAAUCAUCCGUUCAGGAAAAGAUCCAGUAGCAGAGGAAUUCUUUAAACUUCUUGCACUCUGUCACACUGUGAUGGUGGAAGAUAAUGAUGGGCAAAUUGUAUAUCAAGCAGCCUCUCCAGAUGAAGGGGCCCUCGUUACUGCAGCCAGAAAUUUUGGGUUUGUCUUUCUUUCACGUACGCAAAAUGCCAUUACAAUAAGUGAACUUGCCGUAAAAAGGACAUAUGAAGUGCUUGCCAUGUUAGACUUCAACAGCGACAGGAAACGAAUGUCCAUCAUUUUGAGAACACCAGAGGGUAAAAUCAAACUCUAUUGUAAAGGUGCUGAUACAGUGAUAUAUGAGAGACUAGAUCCCAAUAGUCCAAAUCGCGAGUCUACUGAAGAAGCUUUAAAGGAAUUUGCAGAUGAAACGCUCAGAACUUUGUGUCUGUCACACAAGGACAUUAAUGAAGCAGAGUUUGCAGAGUGGAAUAAAAAAUAUAAAGCAGCCAACAUUGCCACAAGCAACCGUGAGGAAGCAGUUAGUGCUGUCAGUGAAGAAAUUGAAAAGAAUUUGUUGCUUCUAGGAGCAACUGCUAUAGAGGAUAAACUGCAGGAUGGUGUUUCAGAUACAAUUGAAACCCUUAAAAGAGGAGAUAUUAAAAUCUGGGUUUUAACAGGGGACAAAAAAGAAACUGCUGAAAACAUUGGGUUUUCCUGCAAUUUACUAACUAAUGAAAUGACUAUUUAUGAUGGAGAGCAAAUCAAUGGCAUACUAAACACCAUGCAAAGUAACAGGACAAACAUGGCAGCAGGAAAAGCUAACACUUCCAAAAACAAUAUCUUCAAUAGUGAUGAAAAACCCGCAAUGGUCAUCACCGGUUCCUGGCUGAAUGAAAUACUCAGAGAGAAGAAAAGAAGGAAAAAAAAAUGGUUCAGGCGGCCAAAAACAGAGGAUGAGAAGAGGAUGCAAAUGGAAAAGGAUCAGAAAGAUGAAGCCGCUAAAGAAAAGCGACAGAAAGACUUUGUGGAUUUAGCCUGCCAGUGCACUGCCGUAGUCUGCUGUCGUGUCACUCCCAAACAGAAAGCCAUGGUAGUGAGCCUGGUGAAAAAAUACAAGAAAGCUAUUACCCUGGCAAUUGGAGAUGGCGCUAAUGAUGUUAACAUGAUUAAAACUGCGCAUAUUGGCGUAGGGAUCAGCGGCCAGGAAGGCAUGCAGGCUGUCAUGUCGAGUGACUAUGCUUUUGGGCAGUUUCGGUUUUUGAAGCGACUGAUCCUGGUCCAUGGGAGAUGGUCGUACAUCCGGAUGUGCAAGUUUUUAACCUACUUUUUCUACAAAAACUUUGCCUUUACACUAGUUCACUUUUGGUACUCCUUUUUCAAUGGAUAUUCUGCACAGACUGCAUUUGAGAAUUGGUUUAUUACACUGUACAAUGUUCUGUACAGUAGUCUCCCAGUAUUGGUUGUUGGGGUGCUUGAUCAGGAUGUCACCGACAAGUUGAGUCUUAGGUUUCCAGCGCUUUAUACACCUGGGCAGAAAGAUUCUUACUUCAAUUUCAAGAAGUUCUUUCUCAGCUUGUUUCAUGGCAUUAUUGUGUCCAUGAUCAUUUUCUUCAUACCUUAUGGAGCAUUCCUUCAAACAAUGGGUCAGGAUGGUGAGGCACCAACAGAUUACCAGUCAUUUGCAGUCACAACAGCCUCAUCUCUCAUCAUAACUGUCAAUUUCCAGAUUGCUCUGGACACCUCUUACUGGACAUUUAUCAAUGCCUUUUCAGUCUUCGGAAGUAUCGUUUUAUAUUUUGCCAUCACGUUCGACCUUCACAGUGCAGGAAUCCAUAUCUUAUUUCCAUCGGUUUUUACCUUUACUGGUGCUGCUCCCAAUACUCUUCGACAGCCAUACCUAUGGCUGACCAUCAUAUUAACUGUGGCAAUCAGUCUCCUCCCUGUUGUUGCAGUCCGUUUCCUGAUUCAGGUAAUCAGCCCAUCGGAGACUGACAAAAUUCAAAUGAACCGCAAAAAAUAUGAGAUCGAACUUUUGCCCAAACCAAGUAGAUCUAGGUCUUUCCAGCGGAAUGCAUCUAACCGUCGAUCAGGCUAUGCAUUCUCACAUCAACAAGGCUAUGCUGACCUAAUUUCUUCGGGCCGUAGCAUCCGAAAGAAAGGCCCACACUCUGAACCAGGUGUCAGCAGUAGAACAUAUGAAACAGCAGGUGCAAAUGCAAGCUGAAAUCAUCAAUGUACUGUUGCCUGCAAAGACUUUUUUUGUAUUCAACAACAACUGUACAGAUGGGAAAGUAUUGAUUUUUUAAAAAAUAUAUAAUUCUCAGGAUAUCUUGGAGGAAGAUUGCAACGUGUUUAACGUUAGACUUUCACAUCUGUACACUGCGAGAUUUGGAAUCCUUCCAAUUUGCACAUAACUAAGACAAAGACCAUCUGAUUUGCAGGGGCCAGACACAAGUAUAUUUAAACCUGAAGUUGGGAUGACCUGCUGUCCCAGCACUGCUCAUCAGUUGCUAUGCUGCAAUAUGGGCACCAUUUUAAGGAUCUGCAUUGAGGAGGUUCCCCCCUGCCCCCACCACCACCCACCUGCCCCCACCCACACAGAACAGCAAUAAAAAAAUUGAAUUUUGUUUUAUUGACUUGCAGUGAGUACGUGAGCAGAUGAUGUGUUUUUAAUGUUUACAUAGAUGCAGAUUUACAUAAAUUUUAUUACCAUUUGCAAAUAUUAAACCUUUCACCCUUUAUUUGGUGUUUUACAAAAUGUGAAAGCAUGAAUUCCAUUUUAUCCCCACGAUCGUACCAUGACACUCUAAUAUACAUUCCAAAAAGCAACAUUGAAAAUCUGCACUGCCAUUUUUAUGUUCAGAUCUGAAGUUCUUAAAUAUAUUUUUUCAAAAGUCGUUAGAAAUUUAGUCUAAAUUUUCCUCUAACUUUUUAACCAGAUUAUUAUUGCUGCCUCGUCAUAAAUUAAGGAAUAUGUGUAUAUAGAUAGAUAUAUAUAUAUAUUUUAGGAAUUUUUUCUGUGCUAAAUGAGGAUGAUUAUAAAAUAAUAAAAUUUAUGGAUUUCUGGCUAAUUAUUCCAGCAGUGUAAAUCUUUUGUAAUGUCAGCUCAAUCCAUGAAAAGCAAACGUGUGCCACAAGGCUUGAACAUACUGCUGCUGUUAGAGAUUUUCACAUCCAGGGAAAUUGCAGGGUCAUGAGACCAAGUGGAAAGUACACUGGUGCUGUCUAAUGCUUGGAUUUUAGAAACUCAUGCCUUCUCCACCUUGUUGUCUUUUGUAAGUCUCUGGGACUCAAAAAGGUUAUAGGAAUCUCUUCCACCAGAUGUGGGGUAACCUGAGGUAAGUCAGGCAAUGCACAGUUUUAGCAAGAUAUCUCUUGUGAUAACAGCUGUUUAUAUCACAUGUACUGCCUCUAUUUUUCAGAGGCACUCAUAAUAGAACAGCAAAAUUGUAGUACAUUAAUACAAAUUAAUGAAUGACCUAAAAUAAAGCCUUUAAGAAUU